CUCCGUGGAUCUGUCAGUUUCAGGAUGUACUACAGAUAGCGGGUCUCUGAACUCAUCCCGACGCCGCCGAACAAGAACCAACCGAUCCGCCCGGUGUGUCCGUUAUCUUCUCAACGGAAACACAAUUGAGUUUACUUAUAAAUAAUAACUCCACCCGCCGUUAUAAGUUGUUGUAGUUUAAAAACAGUUCGGGGUUCACUCUGCUGUGAUGCACGGGUUUGUAGCUAGCUAACGUUAGCCGGAGCGAGCUAGCGUCCAUCGUCCACUGUUCGGGGGGGAAAGUAACGUUAGCGGAUUCCGUGUUCCUUCUUUCAGCCGUGUGGGGGGUGAAUACACCGGGGUAAGCAUGGAGAAAAGUAACCGCUUUGUAGACCUGUACCACUAUCUCCAAGACCCCCACCUUGUCGCCCGCUUUCAGCGCUUCUGUGGGGUACACGGGACGUUUUCGAGAACCGUCUGUGCGGCGGGUAUCAGCGCGGAAGCGGACCGGACUCACUCGCAGAACAACGGGGCUUGCCAUCAUCACAUCGCCGCCGGGGGAAAUGAGAGUGAGAAGUCGGCUGGUAUCGGAGCAGGGGAAGGGGAGAAAGUGCAAACAGCAGCAGCGGGUGUACGGAAGAGGGGUAUUGAUUCAAACGUGGCGACAAAGAGAGGGGAGGAAAGUGAGAAUCCUCCCCAGAAUGGAGCAGUUGUGUCCGGGGCGACCGCCGGGGGAGAGACGUUUGGUGCGGGGAGUAACGGUCGCAGCCUCGCCGGGGAGCCAGAGGAGCAGGGCGGUAAAGCCCCGGGUCCAUCAGGGAGCAGCACGGUGAAACCCCUCCGCAAAAACUCUCUAACAGGCGAUGCCGGGCAGGAGUUCCUCAUCGGGAACCGGUUCCUGUACUACAUGUUCACUUUCGGGACCGAGCUGGGCAACGAGCUCUUCUACAUCACCUUCUUCCCCUUCGUCAUCUGGAACAUGGACGCCUUCGUGGGCAGGAGGCUGAUCAUGGUGUGGGUCUGGGUCAUGUACCUGGGGCAGUGCACUAAGGAUGUGAUCGGGUGGUCGCGACCCGCCUCACCACCUGUGGUCAAAGUGGAGAUGUUUUACAACUCUGAGUACAGCAUGCCGUCCACACACGCCAUGUCGGGCACCGCCAUCCCCUUCUCCCUGUUCUUCAUGACCUACGGCCGGUGGGAGUACCCGUUCACACUGGGCUUCAGCUUGGCUCUCUGCUGGUGUCUGCUGGUCUGUGUCAGCCGAAUCUACAUGGGAAUGCACUCAGUCCUGGACGUCAUCGCCGGCUUCCUCUACAGCAGCCUGAUCCUGCUCUUCUUCCUGCCGGCGCUGGACCUGAUCGACGGCUUCAACCUGACUUGCCGCUACGCUCCGCUCAUCAUCAUCUCCCUCCACCUGGGCCUGGGCCUUUUCUCCUUCACCCUGGACACGUGGAGCACCUCGCGGGGCGACACUGCUCAAAUCCUGGGCACAGGUGCCGGCGUGGCCCUCGCCUCCCACGUCAACUACUACCUGGGUCUGAUGCCGGACCCUACAGCAGACCAGCUCCCCUUCACCAUGUCCACCCUCAGCGCUGGCUUGGUGGGUGUCACCUUGCUGCGACUGGUUCUGGGCGUGCUGGUGCUGAUGGCCACGCGGGCGCUGAUGAAGGCCAUCACCAUCCCGGCGGUGUGCUGGGUGUUCGGGGUGCCCAGCACAGACGUGAGGAAGGCCAGGCAGCACAUGGAGGUAGAGCUGCCUUACCGCUACAUCGUUUAUGGAGCGGUGGGCUUCAACGUGCUCUUCUUGGUGCCACUGCUCUUCAGCUACACUCAGCUCUCCUGAUUUCAGUCAGUCACUGGCUUGAAAACAGUAAAGUGAUUGACUUAUGUCCACCGAAUGCUGUUAUCAGAUCAUAUUUCACACCCAGAACCUGUUUCUUUCCUCCUCUGGGUUCAACUAAGGUGAAUUAAAGCCUAAAAGCUGAUCUGGAUGCUGACGUGUUAUCAGUUUCUCAGUCUCUCCCAUCGUUGCCUCAGGUUGCCUUCAGGUAGGAUGAACCAGGAGCAGCUGGGAAGUCUUGUAAAUUUGGCUUUGACUGUUAUCAGUUCUACCUGUGGCGAGUGAUAUCUCUCUUUUCUGUUGUUUUAGAUUUAUUUAAAAUCAAAUCAAAUGGCUCCUGCUGAUCCCAGGACGCACUGGAUCAGAGCCAAACAUCCACUCCUCCUGCACCAGCUUAAUUCUUACUAAACAGUGGCCUCUGAAAGACUGAAAACGCCACUGAGCGCUACUGAGAAAUAACCUGUGUCUUAGUAUUCACAUUAUUGUCAAUGCUAUAAUUAUUAUUAAGAGUUUAGACAAAGAGCCACACAAGUACGUUUAUGAAAGACUGAAAUUUUCCUAGCAUUUGCAAAAUGUCAGUGUUACGUGCACUUGAAUGCAAAGUAAGGAUUCGGCAGCAAAUUCACAAAAUGCUGUCAGUCUUUAACCAGGUGAAAAGUGUUUAGAAAUUCAUUUAAAACCUGGUGGACGUGAAGAGCUGCAACUUUCACCCAUGUUUAACAAGCAAUAAAAAUGUCUUGUCUAGUCCAAGCUGCAGCCCUGAUACCUUAAGACCUUCAGCUGAAAUCAUAUAAACAGACAAAUCCUCACAUUUAGAGAAUAUUUGAAGCUUUUGGGUGAAAAAUGAUGAUUAAUUCAGUAUUUAAAUAGUUGCAGAAACAUUGUUUGCUGACUGUUUCCACUCAAGUUGGGUGUUUAAAGUUUGUGUGGUUCUUUGUCAGGAAGCUUCUUAAUAAUGAAUAGUUAAUCUUCCUCUCGUCCUCUAAGCUGUCUCACUUCUCAAAGCAAUAAGAUUUUAUACUUCCUUAUUCCUGUCUCAGAGUUUAUCCUGAUGGAGACUGAUUUCUCCUUCACCUGUGGAGUGGACACGCCUGUGGUUUCAAGUUCUUGAACUCAUUUUUGAGGUGUUUAAUCGCACGUGUACAGUAUUUCCUUAAAGGGCUCUCCCCACUCUGUCUGCUCUGUUUACUGUUUCUGUCUUUAUUCAGACAAGUUAUCGUCUCUUCUGCGAUGGAUUGUUUUUUCUUGUCGGAGAAAAGCAACAACCGGGCACAUACUGUAUGAUCCAGAGGAAAAAGGAAGGAAGCCUCACUGUGUUUGGGAACUGUACAGAGAAGUUUUUGAUAUGUUUUUUAAAAUGGGAUGACAGGAAUCUGUCCACGUGGCUCAGCUUUUUUUUUCUUGUAACACUGUAAACUGACUUCCUGAUAGAGAUGCUCCUGAUGGCAUCCACUUCCUGUGCGGAGGAGAGUUUUAUCCGGAGGGAGGAGGCGGUGGAGAUAACGCUGCUCUCAGGAGGGAAGACGUGUGGAGAGGCGGAGGGAGGUCAGGACGAUGACGGGAGGAGGUCGACUCAGCUCAGGCAAAAAUAUUUUAUAUUUUAAAUGAAGAUUUGUAGCUUUGUAUCUCACAGGAGGUGAACCACUUAUUUUAGGAUGAGGUGGAAAUAUUUUGGGGGGAAAAUGAAUGAGAAAUAAGUCAUCAUUUUUAGAAUAAGUCUAAAUUAAAAAACACGUUGAAGAGAACAGGUGAAAGCAAACUUUCACCUUUUGUCAUAAAAUUAUAUUCUAAAAUAUUUACUUUUUCCCAAAAGUAUUAGACAUUUUUCUCAUAUUUAUGACUUAAUUUUGUAAAUUUUAUAACUUUUUUUCCAAGAUUUUUUGUUUUAUUUUUGAAAUCUUGUUCCCACUAUUACUACAAAGUUUUUCAUGGUCAUAAAAACAUUUUAAUAUCAAAACUCAUGUGUUCCAGUCGAGCUUUUCAAAUACCUAGUUUUAUUAAAAGUUUUAUAAAACUUAAAAUAUUUGUUUCCGGAUUCGCAGUAGUCAGAGAAAUUGUUUUGCUCAAAGGUCAGCUUGCAAAAAUUUAAAACAACAUUGAUUGCAUUUCUGUGUUUCUGUUGUAUUAUAGCAAUAUUUAAUUUUAUAGAUUUUAUUUUAAGUUAAAAUUCUUUUUUGUUGUUUUUGACAUUCCGACACCAGCUCAGUCAGUGUCUGUGUGUCUGAAUCAGCCGCCUGCUGAAAGACAAAGAAACCAGAUCUGAACAGAGUUAGGAGGCCAGACGUGCAAAGGAUGCAUGUGCAUCAAAAACAUCCUUAUAAACAGUGUUUCAUAACGAGAACGUGCAGCGAGUUGUUUCCAGAAUGAUCUGAAAGCCAGGAGUUUGUCUGUUAACAUUCGUCAGAAAGAAAAACAGACUCCUCAGCGUCCACGUGGACUUUGACUCCAGCUUUCUCUCCUCCUGUCGUCCUCCCACGCAACAGCUGAGUCACAGUAAAAACAAACCCCUCCGACCGCUGAGCAGCCCUUUAACCUUCAGUGUGGAAUCACUGAUCGACACCUGUGAGACCGGACACACAUGAACUAUUCUCCCUGUGCCUGCUUUACAUUUUGUAAGGAGAUUUUACCGACAUUACAACACCACUACAACACAUCUGUAAAUCGUAGGCGUUUCUGGAUUGAAGAAAUGUCCUACAUAUGGAAACUGAUGUGUUCAGUCAGUGGACGGUCCAGUAGUAAUAAACAGACGACCAUUGUCACUGUCAGUUAUGUGUUUAUAGCAGCACCACCACAGUGUACUUACGAGACAUGCUCAGUGAUCAUUCAGUAACCCAGUCAGUGUUUCAGUCGUUCAACAGAACAAAAAAAUCAACACAACAUCAACUUAACAGCUUUUUCCAGAACGUAAAGGACUGAUGAAGACCAUGAGAUGUGACUGAAAGUGUAGCCUGACUGACACUGUAUGUUUGAGACUUUGAUUUUUUAACAAACUUACUGAACAUAAACAGUUUUUAAAAGGAUCCUCUACGUUAUUGGAGAAUUGUGACCAAAAUAUUUACCUAUCAGUGCUUAAAUGCUUGACAAAAACAAUCUCUCCACAAGGGCCAUUUAGUAUUUGUUCUGGAGUUUUCAAUCAUGUUACAUGGUCUUCCUCUGCAAGUAAAAUUUGCAACAAUAGACGUUUAAAGUCCAGUAUUUCUGAGCCCUCACUCGUCCUUAUUAGCUUCUUUGAAACAGCUAGAGCUGCCCCCGACUAAGAACUUUCCUAGUCGACCAGUAGUCGUCAUUUAGGGCCAUUAGUUGGCUAGUCGCCUGCAUGUUUACUAUAUGAAUGUAAUUAUUAAAUGAUAUAUUUUGGUGGUUUGAGUUGAAGGUGUGAGAAAGAAUAGUAUCAGUAACAUUGUUAACACUGUGCUACAUUACAGAGAAAUACAAAACCGUACUAAUGACCCUUCAUUAAUAUAGGACUAUAUUUUAUCUACAAGUGCACGUCACACACUGAGCGAGCCGCCUGUUAAUGACGCUGUGGGCUAAUGGGCAUGUAGCUACUUCCAUGUUUCAGAUGAUACGUCAUGUUUGUAGUCGACCAAUGAAGAUGAGUUUACAUAUCACCUUGGGUUCGUCCUUCACCUUCUCAAAAUGAUCCCACACUUUGGAUUUCCUGCCCGACAUGUUAUUAACUAGCCUGUGGAAUAACCGCAGGUACCAGCCCUGGAAAUUAACCUGACUCCUGUCUGACUGCUGAGCGUGGACACUUCCUGUGUCUGUCCUUUCAAAUUAAAGUCACACAUGGGAAAUGUGACCAAUGAAAUCUUGCCGACUAAGGACCUCUCUGGUCAACUAAUGUUUGGUCAACUAUUCGGGGGCAGCCCUAGAAACAGUUUGAUGUGUUCGUCACUCCAGAGCAGAUGCUGAUUGUAACUUGUGGUUUGUUUUACAAAGUCAAGAAAGAACUUUAAACAUCUAAAACCAACCUUUGGAAUUUCUGCGCUAUUUCUUUCUAUUUAUCAGCUGACAUAUAUGCCGAUACCAUAAAUACCUGCGAUAAGAUAAUAUUGACUGAUACAUGGACUUGUUGCAAACCUUGGAAAAAGCCAGUAAGUGGAUCUUUUGUUGAGAUUGUUAUUGUGUCUUUUUCUCUUGUGUAAAAUGUUUUGAUUACACCACCCAAAACCUCUGAUAAGCUUGUCGCUCAGUCGGCCUCGAGGUGAAGAUGAGUUGAAGUCCCCCUGUUAAAUUACCUGUUGGGUAAAGACGGAAAAGUAAUACCCAGGUGUAACUAGAGAUCACUGUGUCUCACACCUUUUAGUGUCCAGCGUCUGUCCCGAGUCUCUGUCCUGGACUUGAUAAUAACUGAACAUCUGGACGGACGCCUGAUGUUUCAUUCACACAUUCCUCCUCGUGUUUGUCCACCGCAGCAGCUGUAGGAGAAGUGCCUUGCUCAAGGGCACUCUUAGAGGACAGCUGACGGGGCUGCUGGUGACCUUUUACCUUUUGAACUGAAGACCAACAAUAGUCCACAGAAAAACAAACUUUUCUUGAUUCUUAUUUUGCGUGGGUGAGGGCAGCACCUGCAGCAGGAGGCUGACUUGUGUGUUGUUCUGUACGGUACUGUCCUAAUACGAAUGCACUGUUUCCCAGAAUGCACUGUGUUCCCCCUGAGCCGGGCAGAGAGGGUGAAGCUGGUCCAAAACGUUCUGAGAAGACUAUUGAAAUCAAAGCAGCAUUCAGGACAGUUUUAAAUCUGAAUUUUUAACAAUUAACCUACAGUUUUCAUUCAGUUUGUACUGUUUUAAAUUGUGAUAUUUUUUUUUGUGACAGUUUAAGCGUCAUUUUAUUUUACGUUAUUUCUGUUUGACCCAACCCUGCUCACAUUGUCUCAGACUAACGGACCAGCUUCACCUGCGGCUGAGAUGACUCGUCUCCUCUGCCCGCCUCCUUUCACUUCCUGCGGCCUUGCCUCGUGCACGUACAUAAUUCUGUUUGUUGUAGCGUUUUUCUGUCUGAAUGUGGUUUCCUCUCUGAACCAGUGAAACAGGAAGUUUGUCCCUGUUCGCUUUUUUUGUUUUUGAUUCAUCAAUGAAAAACACAAACUCUGUGAAUCCUGUGGUGGGAUUGUGUUUGUGCAGACGGCCUCAAAUGACCAUAGAGUCCAACGGGAUUGGGUCCAUAAAUGGAAACGCAAAAAGGUUAAAUGUCAGAGUUUCUGUGUGUCUGCAAAGUUGGGAAGAGUUCGACAAACAAACACAGAUGUUAAAGAAGUUUGGUGUCAACCAUUUUGACCUGUGACUGAAUUUGUCAAAGGUUGUUGGGACACUAUGUGAGAUAGUGAUACGUGAGGUUAAGCAGUGAUAAACAGGAGAAGCUGUAAGUGUUCAAACACGUGUCAGAUGGUGUUUACAUCCCGUCAGGAGGAAGUUUCCCCCGCAGACGGAGGAGCCAUCAGGGAAGUGAGAUUGAUAAAUGAGAUAAAACCAAACUUCCUGACAGUGAUGAUGAUAAUUGUGCUUCCAUUGUGAGACCUCCACCACCCAUGUUCAGGUUCACCAGUGUGUUAACCUGUGUGUGUUAGACUGAACAGAGAGUUGGAUUAAUGGAAGACUGUAUUUCACCUGUGUUUCAGUUUGUGUUUGAUGAUGACUGAAGAUGGAUUUUAAGUUUGCACAACAACUAUUAAAGUGAAUUUACUGCAAUAAACUAAAAUAACUCAAAGAAAACAAAAAUUGUGCAAAUGUAAAAAGUAAAACGUUGACUUUAUAAUUUAAAAACACAGUUGUUAAUUGUUACAGCUCCCUUACAUCCUUGAAUUUGGAUUUGUGCCUCUGAAAUUUGGUGAUUUUUCUCAUUGAGCACCCUUUGAAAUGUGAAAUGUUUUCACAGGAAAUUUAAAGUUGACAUAGAGUCUCUUUCAAAAUAAAUGCACUACUUCAGUGCAACAACGCGAACUGACGCUUUUCUUUCUCCAACCACUAACACGUGGUUAGGUCUAGGGGAAAAAAAACAGGGUUUAGCUUCAUAAACUUACGGGACGCGAAAACUGCUCUGCGUUUGUUCUUGUCCCGCUGCGUUUCUCCCUGACGUGGCCGAGCACCUUUAAACUGUAACAGCGACUAGCCGCGUAUCAUGCUGUUGGCAAGUCACUGCCCAAGGGCCAGAUUUUGACCAUUUCAUAGUGAGACCAGGUUGGAAAUGAACACGUUUACAGCCUGGUACAAAAACAGUUUUAGUCUCUAUAGCUAAUUUAAUUAAGUUACCCAUUUGUAUUUCAUUAAUGAAUCAAUGAAGUGCUUGGCUUCUCAGUCAGAUCCACCCCUCGCUCCUCCAAAGUGCCGCCCUCUCCCACAAAUAUGGUCACUUCUGGCUCCAAAAAAACAAGAUGGUGAACUGAACGAGGCUUCAAAACAUCACUCCGCAAACUAGUGGGUGAUGUCACGGUUGCUAUAUCCAUUAUGUUUACAGUCUGUGGUUUAAUACAAGAUGUUUAAUUAAACUCUAAGGACCAUAGAGGCGAUACCUGCACACUAAUGCAACUGGGCUGGACAGCCACAAAAAUGUCCACAGGCUGAGAUCAAUGUGAAAAUAGUCAAUUUAUUUAAGGGUUCCAUGCACAAAAAGAUCAUUAGAGCUACUAGUCAACGACUGAAACGUGAGCCGCUGUUUUUAAUUCACUUUAAUUAUUUUGGCACUUUGAGCACCUUCUUUUUGUGCACAGAUGUCUUAAAUAACUGGACUAUUUUCACGUUGAUCUCAGCCUGCGGACAUUUUUUGUGGCUGUCCAGCUCAGUUCUAUUUUUGUUGUAUUGUUGUUUGUCUUUUGUACCAACGCACCCAAGACAAACUUUUUGUUGCCAUAAGUAGGCCCAGUUUCACAGAAGCCCCAAAUUUGUUAAAAUUCUAAAUUUUAUUUGUCGUAUAGUCCCAAAAAUGUUUCAGUCCAAGGAUUAAAAUUCUUAAUUUUAUUCUUAGAAUUCCCCUUUCUUUGUGUUUCAAUUUCCAAAAUUAGUUUAAUCCCAAAUUUAAUUUGUUAAAAUACCAAAUAUCUGCCAUCUGACAGAAUCCCAGCACCCUGAAACUAUGUCAUAUUUCCCAAAUUUGUUUGUAUGAGACCAAAUAUUGUGGUUUUGUGGUGGCUACAGUCCUCUGGAAACUCCCCAGAUUUUGUUUUUAUUAAAGAUUUGUCAUAUUAAACCUAAACAUGUUUGUUCAUCUCAACAAAAUCAGAGUCACGAUUUUGUUAAACUGAACACAGGUGACAUUCUCAGCUCCUCUGGAGGUUGAGGGCUCAGCUCUGCUCUAAACAACGUGUUUUCUUUCUUCCUUAAAUCUGGAUCUCAGAGACUUUUUAUUUUCCCACUCUGACCAAAUGUAUGAGGUGGUUGAUCUGUGUGUGUGUGUGUGUGUGUGUGUGUGUGUGUGUGUGUGUGUGUGUGUGUGUGUGUGUGUGUGUGUGUGUGUGUGUGUGUGUAGCUGCUCCUCGCUUUAGUGCCUUUAUGGUUGUUCAGGAACAUUUAACGUUUCGUGUGAAAACUUUAGUCCCGACUUUUGUUUUUAAUUCUUUUCAUUCUGUCCUGUCGUGUUGCCUUUUGCACUUUGUGACCGCGUCAGUGUGGAAGAAACGACUCAAGUGUUUUAGUUUCCCACUGUUUGUUAAUGACUGCCUUCACCCAAGUUAACAACAUGUGAGUCACUGUAGCUCAAACUUUGAUGUUUGAUAAAUUCACAAGUGUGUUUUUAAUCCACUGACUGUUUGCAUGAGAAAAGAUGUUUUGUCUGUUUGUCCCAAACCAAAUCAAUCUGUUUAGUUACAGUGACAGGUUUCAUUGAAUAAGUCCAUUAAUCAUUUAAAACAGGUGUUAUAUUUUUCAUUUUGGAAUCAAACCCUUCACAUUUCUGUGUCGUGUCCUGAGGUGACACACGUGUGGACAUUAAAGGAGCUUUUAUGCAGUUUCACAGUAUUUUUUUAUUGUUAUUCUUCAAAAUGAGGAUCUGUCUCUGUCUGAUUGUUUGUGUGAAAUUAACUGAAAUAAAAAAGAAGAUAA